AUGUCCGAGCGCAUACUCGGUCGGCCAUGGUCUGCUGAAGAAGACCGUCUCCUCGCUAACGCCGUCGCAAUUCAUGGCGAGUCCGACAACUGGAAAGCUGUAGCCCACUGUGUCCCGGAAAGGACCAAUAAAGCCUGCAGGAAGGCGAGUAUUGAUCUCAUAAUCCCAAUUCAGUUCUCCCAAUACAUUCAAAAACAGCGAUGGCUCCAUUCCCUAUCACCGAACGUGAAGAAAUCUCCCUGGACACCAGAGGAAGAUCAUCUACUUUUGGAGCUCUACAAAGUUCAUUCAAUAAAGUGGGCUGUUAUCGCCCGACAUAUACCUGGUCGUACCGACGACGCCUGUUCAAAACGCUAUCGUGAGGCACUCGACCCUUCUCUCAGACGUGAUGAAUGGUCCAAGGAAGAGGACGACAAACUCUUCGACGCGUACUCUCGUUUGGCUGGGCGAUGGGGUCAAGUCGGCCAGGAGUUACAGCGCAGCGGAUUGGCUUGCCGUAACAGGUGGAGACUUCUUGAGCGUAAAAGGCCCGCCUUGCCUUUACCCGACCCUCGGAGUGUCGUGGUUUUAAAACCGUCUUUGACUAUGUCUUCAGAACCAUCAAGUCCAAUAUCAACGUACCCUGAUCUCCCACCUUGGCCAACUCCACCCAUGCUCGACCCCAGACAGUAUUGGGACGGAAAUUCAUCUCGUUUUGAAGGAGCACCUUCCCCAGCAUCUGGGCAACACCAUAACCACGUGAGGUCUCACAAUGACGUGGGAUUACUGGGCAGUAUAGAACCCUCUUCAGUUUCCCAUCCACAGUCGAUACAGCACGUUGUCAAUAUUCCGCCCCCAUUUCAUUAUUCGUCUUCAUCUUUAAGUUCGGCCUUGUCAUGUCCACAUUCUCUUGCAACCAGGUAUGAAAAAAGUACCGCGGCCCCUAGCGGCUCUUACCAGAAUGGGGAAACUCACGCCGCCCCGCUUCCUAUUGCCUCCGUUCCGCCGGCCGACAAUACGCCCGCGGUUUUCGACUAUGGGGUAGUCCUCGAUCCAUCUCUCGUCAACACCACACGAGCUACGGACUACGCCCAACCGGGACAUCACCAUGUGUACGAAGGCCACGAUGCUCGACGGCAGUAUGACAAUAUCCAGCGAAGCGUCGCUCCCACACCUACACCAUCUCACACACCCGUUCCUGCUCAACGUGGAUCAGAGUAUUAUACUCCUGCGUCUCAUCAUCACGAGUGCCAUAAUCAAUUGAUCCUUGCCAAACGCGGCCCACCACCGGAUACUUCGUCACCGAAUCCUGACGAUCCCAAUCCUCGUCCGACUGCACGGCCACGGCCUUCAAUCAUACGAAAGCGUGCUGAUAUUCAGACUCCUCUGAGGCUAUCCUCUGACUUACCCGCUACGCAUGAUCCCUCUAUAAAACCAUAUGCGUGUGGUCACGAAAGCUGUUGGCCGUCGACCGCGGCAAAUUCCCUUGCUUGCUACACUACUUCGCGAGGCCUUUCGGAUCACAACAAGAGCGCGCAUCCAGAAGAUGCCGGUGGAGAGAGGCCGUACAGAUGUGGUCUAGAAGGUUGCGGCAAAACUUGGAAGAGUAUUAAUGGAUUGCAGUACCAUUUGCAAAUAUCGAAGGCACACUUCCAACACGCUAUUGUGUCAACUUUCGUCACCUCUUACAUCGAUGGUCUCAGCGUGCCAUCUGUGGAGGUAUCCUCAUCUACUGGCGAAGGCGAUGAUAAGACAAAAAAGCAAUAUUCUUGCCCGCAUCAUGGUUGUCCGAAUCGGUACAAGCAACUGAGCGGACUUCGUUAUCAUUUAACUCACGGACACCCUCCAGAUCUCCCGGUUCAGUUGGAUCUGGUGCCUCCGGCCCUGAGCCGCAAAUUGACCGAGAAGAUGCGGAAGGAUGGUUCCGGCUCUCAACCUUCUGAGACACAAAUCCAUACUCCUCUUCCCCCUUCCGACUCCUCGCAGAGCUACCCUCCUCGACAUGUAUCCGCAUAAUGCGUGGGUCCCUGAUUAAAAUCAUCGUGGACCGGAAUCGCAUCAAUAUUCUACUGAUCUCAUAAUUGCCACUUCCUCUAACUUAUUCUAGCCCUGUUCAUUGGAUUGGUAUCGUCUUUUUCGUUUGUUGAAUUAUUAAGUGUAUCUUUAUUGCUCUCAUUUGCCUUAUCUUUGCACUUUGCUGUCGGUUUUUACGGCUUAAACAUACAUUCGUUUGCAUCGCUGAUAUUUCACCGCGUACUUUUAUAAUUGCUAUAUGUAAUUUGGUGGUGAUACCACCACCAUUAAUUGUAUUUUCUGGUCGAGCUGACGACAUGCACAAUCGCGAGGGUGUAGUAAAGUCACAAUGAAUCCAUUCCGUACAAGUGAUUGAUCUUCUGAUACCAAUGCUCGGUGUAAGCUACUUGUUCCAAACCCAAACAUGCCCGGGACCCACUUCAAUCACCGUCCAGUUCCAAAUUGGCUGGCGCUGCGGUAAGGUAAGCUUAAGUUUAC